AUGGGAGGAACAUUAUGUUAUAAUAAUGAGCCAAGCAAGAUUGGGGCUGAAGGUGCUAAUGAAAAUCUCACAAACCCUGACAUUUCUUUAGUGGAACAGCCCCCACCGACCAGUGGGAUUAAAGAGGAGGCGGCUUCAUGUGAAGGGGAAAACCAAUCAGAUUGCAGCAUUAAUCCCCUUACAGAACAGAUACAGGGAACAGACACACCUACUCCCAGCACGGAGUUGUAUAACUGUUCUAAAUGCCAGAAACAAUGUAAAACUAAGGUCGGUUUUCUCAAGCACCAGAAAACUCGCACAGGGGUAAAAUCAUUUGUCUGUUCUGUGUGUGAGAAACAUUUUAAGUGGCAGUCAGAACUUAUUGUACAUCAGAGGAGUCACACAGGGGAGAAACCGUUCUCUUGUUCUGAAUGUGGCAAAAGGUUUACCCGGCAUGUACAUCUUAUUGAGCAUUACAGAACCCACACAGGAGAGAAACCCUAUUCCUGUUCUGACUGUGGGAAACGUUUUUCACAUGGUUCAGACUUUAACAGACACUGCAGAAUUCACAGACUAGAGAAAUUAUGUAUUUGCUCCCAAUGUAAAAAACAGUUCACGUCUCACUCAGAGCUUAUUGUGCAUCAAAGUAGUCACAUGGGAGAGGGACCAUAUUCUUGUUUUGAAUGUGGGAAACGAUUUAAACGUCGCUCACAACUUACUGUACAUCGGAGAAGCCAUACCGGAGAGAGACCUUAUUCAUGUCCCAAAUGUGGGAAAGACUUUAAAGAUCGCUCGACUCUCCGUGCCCAUCUAAGAAUCCACACAGGGGAGAAACCAUUCACUUGUUCUCAGUGUGAGAAAUGUUUCACUCAUUGCUCAGAUCUUAACAGACACCUGAAAUCUCAUAAAGGAGAAAAACCAUUUUCUUGUUCUCAGUGUGGGAAAUAUUUCACUUCUACCUCAGACCUUACUGUGCAUCUCAGGAUUCACACAGGAGAGAGACCGUACUCUUGUUCUGAGUGUGGGAAAUGUUUUAAAGAUCCCACAUACCUUACUACUCACCAAAGAAUUCACACAGGGGAGAAACCAUUCACUUGUACUGAAUGUGGGAAAUGUUUCAGUGGUCGUGCUGGCCUUAAUUCCCAUAAAAAAAUUCACACAGGGAAGAAAUCAUUUACUUGCACUGAAUGUGGGAAAUGUUUUUCUGAGGGCGCACGCCUAAGAUACCAUAAAAAAAUUCACACAGGGGAGAAACCAUUCAGUUGUACUGAAUGUGGGAAUUGUUUUCGUGAUCGCGAGGGCCUUAAAUCCCAUACAAGAAUUCACACAGGGGAGAAACCAUUCAGUUGUAGUGAAUGUGGGAAAUGUUUCAGUGAUCGCACAAGCCUUAAAUCCCAUACAAGAAUUCACACAGGGGAGAAACCAUUUGCUUGCAAUGAAUGUGGGAAAUGUUUUAUGUAUCGUUAUCAGCUCACUGCACAUUCCCAGUUACACACAGGGGAGGAACCAUUGCCUGACAGUAAAUGUACUGAUACACAGUGAGUAACAUACGAUUAUGACGCUAUCAAACUAUGAUUCCUUUUGGUCAGUGUAUUCUUAAUCUUCAAUAAAUAUUUAAUCUUCAGAGGUAAAACUGCACAGAAUAUUCUGUAUAAGGGGUUGGAUGGAGAGAUUGCAUCCUACAAGUCAGAGGGAGCUGCACAACUCAAAAAAAUAAGUGUCGGCUACAGAAAACCUUAUCCUGGGCGACUGUCGGACAGGGACUGGCCAACCAAGCGCCCUAGGCAACCCUUGCCCCUGCACCUUCUCCCCCCCCCCCCGUUGCUACGGAUUGCAUGUGGAGGGUAAUUGCCCCCACCGCAUAACAACCACUAAUUACUUGCAUCUUGAAAACACCUUCCCUUGAUCCCAGCUCCCUCACCAACUAUCGUCUGGUUUCCCUUCUCCCAUUUGCAUCUAAAUUGUUAGAAAGUCUUGUCUACAACUGCCUGGUCCAAUAUCUCACUCGCAGCUCCAUUCCUGACCCCCUGCAAUCAUAACUCCAAUCUGUUCUAAAUGCUCGGCCAGACUUAUCCAUCUAUCUCACCUUUCCACAUCUGUCACUCCCCUAUGCAUCUCUCUUCACUGGCUCCCAAUCUCCUCUAAAAUCAAAUUCAACUUGCUAACACUGACAUAUAAGGCUAAUUAGGCUCCUCCCUAUAUUUCAGCAAUGAUCUCAAAAUACCCCCCCAACCUACUGCUUCUGCCCUUCCCUCUCCUCUCAU